AUGACUGACAAGCUGCUGGGGGCAGUAGAGGAGGCAAACAUUCAGUCCCUUGUUGAGUGUCUAUACCGCCGUUUGCUGCUGCGUGCUGCUGCAGUGCGCAGCAGCGCAGCAACAAGCUGCAGUGUCUGUUCCCUAGCAAUCCCUGAGCUGCAGCAGCAGCAGCAGGAAGAGGGAGAGCAGCAGCAGCAGAAAUGUGAUGGUCCCUUUGGUCCUUUUCUUAAGACAAGAGACACUCUAUGGCUGGACUUAGCCCCUUCUGCUGCUUCGUUUUUGAGCAGCAGCAGCUGCAGCAGCAGCUGCAGCAGCAACAUAAGCAGCAGUACUGCUGCCUCCUUACGGUUGCUGCUGCUGCGCCUCACCUUCUCUAAGAUGCUCGAGCAAGAAGAGCUGCAGCACUUUAGGCCUUGGUACCAGCGCCUGGUUGCUGCAGCAAAGGCGGAUGCAUGGAGACAGGUGCAGCAGAAGCAGCAGCAGCAGCAAAAGAAGCAGGAGGCACUGCAGCGGCUAAAGGAGGAGAAGGAGGAGCAACAGAGAAGGAGACAGUUGCUGCUCAUGCCACCAAACCCUCCCCCACACAGACAUACACAUGAACACAGGCAGCAGCAACUGCAGCAGAGGCAGCAGCAGCAGCAGCUGCUGCGUCGUCAGAGGGGGGGACCAAGAAGAAACAGCAAAGAGGCAUUUGCUGCUGAUGCGUCUCCUGCUGCAUGCUGGAAGGACUCUCUCUCCCUCGAGUCGUCAUCGGGGUCUGUAUCCCCUAGAAGCGUGAAUGAUUCAGCAGGAGAGGAAUUCGAUAGACUGAUGCAGCAGGAGCAGCAAGAGCAGAAGCAGGAUGCGGAGGCAGCAGCAGCUGCAGCAGCAAAAGAAGCAGCAGGAGAAGCAGCAGAUGCAGCAGCAGAUGCAGCAGCUGCUCCUAAGGACAACACUGAGGGAGCAGAUGGAUCUUCUGCUUCGAAGGAUGCAACAGCAGCGCCCGCUGCAGCCGGCGCAUCUUCUUCUUCUGCUGCUGCUGCUGACUCGGGUGCAGCAGCAGCACGCAGAGGAGACACAAAAGCAAAAAAGAGCAGCAGGAGCAACGGCAUGUUUUCCUGCUGCGCCUACCGCAGCCCUGCUGCUGCAGCACGAAGGGUCCCCAAGUCCUUUAAGAGCAGCGCAUGCGUUAGCUACAGACAGCUGCUGCCUCUAAGACUUGCUGCUGCUGCUGCUGCUAAUCCUAUUGGUGGUGGUGGUGGUGGUGCUGCUGCUGCUGCUGCACCCACUGGCGGUGAGGAUGCUCAGCAGCAGCAACAGCAGCAACAGACUGAACAGGAACAAGGUAAAACCCCACGAACAAUGGUAGACGGUAGCCAGGAGCAGCAGCAGGAAGAGCAGCAGCAGCAGCAGCAGCAACAGGACGAAGUGCCGAAGACACCACGCGACAUUGCUGCUGCAAUUGCAUGCUGCGAAGAAGCAGCAGCAGCAGCAGGAGCCGAAGACGUUGGAGAGGACGCGUCCCCAUUAGCAGCAGGAGAAACAGCAGCAGAAGCAGCAGAAGCAGCAGCAGGAGCAGCAGGAGAUGCAAGUUCAGCAGCAGCAGCAGCACUUGCUGAGCGCAUGCAAGCAGCAAUAAAAGAGCAAUGGGAUGGCAAGAAGGGACACUUCUCUAUUUCCUUAACAACCCCACUAGGUAACACAACCCCUACUAUUCAGCUGCUGCAGCCAGAGCAGCUGCUGCUGCUGCAGCAACAGCAGCAGCAACUCAGGCAACCAGCCACAGGAUUCAAAACCAUCGCGGUAAGGAAGAGUAACAAACUCCCUUAUCUUUUUGCAGCAGCAGCAGCAGCAAAAGCAGCAGCAACAACAACAGCAGCAACAGCAGCAGCACGAAACGCAGCAGCAAUAUAA